AUGGCGCUAAUUACCACCCCCAUCACGGAACUCCUUCGCAUCGAGCACCCUAUCCUCCUGGCGGGGAUGGGUCAUACAGCCGGGUCUGAUCUGGUUGCUGCAGUUUCGAAUGCAGGAGGGCUGGGAGUCCUUGGUGGUUUGGGAUACACGCCCCAAAUGCUACGCGAUUCAAUUCGUGAAGUAAAGCAGAAGCUUCGUCGGCCAGGUCUUCCCUUUGGUGUUGACCUCUUGCUUCCGCAGCUGGGAGGCACAGCCCGCAAGACCAACGUCGACUACACCAAGGGCCUUCUGGACGACUUGAUCGAGGUCAUCAUCGAAGAAAAGGCGACUUUGUUUGUCUCUGCUGUGGGAGUUCCCCCCAAACGUGUGGUAGAUCGGCUGCACGCUGCGGGAAUCUUGUACAUGAACAUGGUCGGCCAUCCCAAGCAUGUCCACAAGGCCUGCCAGGCUGGAGCAGAUCUUAUUUGCGCCCAGGGCGGAGAAGCAGGCGGCCACACGGGUGAAAUUCCAACAAGCGUGCUCAUUCCGGCCUGUAUCGACGUUUGUAAACAGUACACGUCUUUUCUCACAAAGCAGCCCGUGCGUUUGGUGGCGGCGGGUGGAAUCUUUGAUGGUCGGGGUGUGGCCGGGGCGUUGGUCAUGGGCGCUGGUGCCGUGUGGGUCGGCACUCGAUUUGUGACAGCGCGUGAGUCCGCUGCUUCGAAGCUUGGCAAGAAGGCAAUCAUUGAUGCAGGGUUCGAAGACACGAUGAGAAGCACGCUGUGGACGGGCCGUCCGCUACGGGCUCUUGCAACACCCUAUAUCCGGGAUUGGGAGCUUAGCCGGCGCGAAGAGCUUGAGAAAUUGCAAAACGAUGGUCAGAUUGUCAUGGAUUAUGAGCUAGACAGGCUGACACAUGAAGGCAAGUUGACGGACGAGAUUGAAGAACAAGCUACUCAGAGGCCUAUGGGCUGUGGCGCCGCCAUGGUUACAAAGUCAGAGCAAUCUGCGAAUGAAAUUGUCCUCGAGAUGGUAGUCGAGGCAUUUGGACUCUUAAGAGCUGGUGGACAAUACUUGAAUGUGUCAUCUAAGCUGUGA